AUGUGCGCUUGCGCUCUCUACGAUCCCCCCACAAGUCCAGGGCCCCGGGGCUCCCCAAGGUUGCGGCCGCGCGGUUUCGUUAUAUCAUAUCGAUCCGCGAGCGCGCAAAGAGCGCGUCAGUCAGUUCGUAUCUGGCACGCGCUCGGGAUGGCGAAACCGACGGAAGUGCGUAUGCGGCGCAAAAUGAUCCACCCGAUUUUCCACUUGCAGUCGGAACGCGAGGACGACGAACAACUCACCAAGGGGAUGAUCAACGUCGUUCGAAAGACUGGCCAGCUUAAUUUAUCGGGACGCGCGCUUGCCACAGUCCCAAAAGGUGUAUUCUCGAUGUACGAUAUCGGAAAAGAUGCAGUCGCAAAUUUCGACAUGUCCAAGGACACAGAAGAAAAUUGGUGGUCAUUCAAACCACUCACCUAUCUGGACUGUAGUUCCAAUGUGCUUACCGACAUUCCCACUGACAUUAAACUCUUCGAAGAUCUUACCGUCCUAAACCUUCAAGAUAACAAUUUAUCGACGUUGCCGGAAUCGAUCGGCGCGUUGAAGAAACUGACCAAAAUGAAUCUAUCACGCAACAAAAUCGCAUCCCUGCCUCGCGAGUUUUACUCCCUUGGAGAAUUACAACAUCUUAAUAUCGCACACAAUUGUUUGGAGAAACUCGGCGAUGAGUUUGUUGAUAUGGUGAUGCUUCAAACGCUGGAUCUAUCAAAUAACUUAUUAACAAGUUUGCCUACGGGUAUUGGGUAUCUGGUGCGAGUGACUGAGUUUAACGUUUCCCACAACCAACUCACCGAACUGCCUUUGGACAUUAGCUGCAUGCGAGCAAUGACUAAAUUGGACGUCACACAUAACAACUUAAAAUCGCUACCCAAUAUGAGCGACAUGCGUAAAUUGCAUGUGAUACAUGCGCAACACAAUGAUAUAGAAGAUCUACCCAUGUUUGAAGGUUGCGAUGCAUUGCAAGAACUGCAUUUUGGAAAUAAUUUCAUUAAAGCUGUAACCGAAGAGUUCUGCGAGAAUUUACCACUGCUGAAAAUCCUCGACCUUAGAGACAACAAAAUCGAAGAAUUACCCGAUAAGAUUGCAAUGUUACAACAUUUAAUUCGGUUGGACUUGACCAACAAUGAAUUAACUGCGUUACCGAAUUCAUUGGGUUUAUUGUCGCACCUUCAAAAUUUACAGAUUGAAGGAAACAAAUUCCGACACAUAAGACAAGACCUGCUGAAGGCAGGAACUUGUCGACUUUUGAAGCAUUUAAGAGAUAAAAUGGAUGCCGAUGAAAGCAUUCGAUUGAGUCCAUCGCAAACGCAUACAAGUUUAUCACCAGAACCACGAAUAUUCCCGGACAAAUACAUGAUGAGGAAUUCGCGUGCUGUUAAUCUCGCGAUGAAAGAAAUCUCCUUCGUGCCGGACGAAGUAUUCAAAGAUGCUUUGAGUGCUGACGUGCACAUUGUAGACAUCAGCAAGAAUAAACUUCUCGAAGUGCCUUCAGGCUUGCAAAUUGUCGCCGAAAAUGUAAGCGAAUUAAAUUUAAACACCAACAAACUCAAAACUCUGCCGAGUUUCAUCGCGGAUUUCACCCGCCUGCAAUAUUUGGAUGUUGGCAGGAAUCAGCUCUCGGAUUUGCCUGACUUGAAAGGAUUACCCAAUAUGCGCGAAUUGAUAUUGAGUUUUAAUGCAUUUACCAGUGUGCCCGAAUGUGUAUAUUCUCUAGAAAAGUUGGAAAUAUUGUUAAUUUCUGAUAAUCAAGUACGAAAGAUUGAUGUUGACGGUUUAAAACGAUUGCAGCGACUGGCUACGCUAGACUUUACCAAUAAUAGCAUAGAUCACGUACCAUUUGAAUUAGGUCUACUCAAACAAAUUAGAUGCGUUGAGCUGAAAGGCAACAGCUUCCGGCAGCCGCGUUAUGCUAUUUUAGAGCAGGGCACGGACUCAGUCAUGGCGUAUCUGCGCGAUCGCAUACCUCAGUAACCAGGAAGUACAAAUCAAAAACUAGUCCUUGACCUGAAUGCCAAGCGAACAGUAUUAAUAAUAAUUAUGUUGGUUGAAUGCAUAGAGAUAAUUUUUUUAAUAUAAUAAAAUUAAAACCCCCA